AUGGAAUCUAAGAUCACUUUGUUUUACGGAACGUUUGUGGACCUCCCUCGAACCAGGUCAGGCGAGAAGCAUGAGCUCGCAAUCAGACAUGGUGCGAUCUGGGUAUCAUCGGCUACCGGCCGGAUCCAGGGAUUCGACUGGAGUAUCGCAAACGAGGCAGAGCUGCAGUCCUUGCUCAGGAAGAAAGGCUGGACCGGAGUCCCGAUAAUACGCGCACUAGAGCAAGAGAAUGAGUUCUUUUUUCCCGGUUUCAUCGAUACACACAUUCACGCGCCUCAAUACCCCAAUUCAGGCCUUUUCGGCUCGUCAACCCUCCUCGAUUGGUUGGAGACAUAUACAUUUCCCCUCGAGAGCUCUAUGAGCAACCUUGAUAAAGCCCGCACCGCAUACAACGCCGUCAUCUCCCGCACUCUCGCCAACGGGACUACCUGUGCCUCCUACUAUGCAACCAUCCAUGUCCCCGCCACAAACCUGCUAGCGAGUCUCUGCCACACCCGCGGGCAGCGAGCCCUCAUCGGCCGCGUCUGCAUGGAUAAUCCAGCCUUUUGUCCGGACUACUACCGUGAUGAAUCCGCAGAGGCGUCUAUUGAGCUUACAAAAGAGACGAUAGCACAUAUCCAUUCUCUUCCAGAUAGUGAUAAGGAAAGUGAGAGACUAGUCAAGCCGAUUAUCACACCACGCUUCGCCCCAACCUGUUCCACCUCAGCACUUACCUCGCUCGGCCAGCUCGCUGCAUCCCACACUCCACCCCUGCACAUCCAAACACACAUCUCCGAGAACCCGAACGAAGUCAGUCUCGUCCAGUCCUUGUUCCCAGAACACCCGUCCUACGCCGCUGUCUACGACGCGUGUUCCCUUCUAACCCAUCGCACGAUCCUCGCGCACGCGGUCCAUCUCACCCAGCCCGAAAAAGAACUCAUUGCGUCGCGAAACGCCAAAAUCAGCCACUGCCCGGCUUCUAACUCUGCCCUUGGAUCUGGGUUAGCGCCAGUAAGGGACCUGAUUGAUAAUGGAAUCACCGUAGGCCUGGGUACGGAUGUUUCGGGCGGGUAUAGCCCAAGUAUCCUUGAGGCUGUGAGGCAAGCUUGUCUCGUUAGUAGGCUGCUCAGGCACAGCACGGCAUCGACGUCGUCCUCGGGAAAUAGCACCCAAAACGAGACAGAAGGGAGGGAGGUCCUCUCCGUCGAGGAGGCGCUGUACCUUGCAACGCGCGGCGGGGCCGCAGUUAUCGACAUGCCCAAUGAGCUAGGAGGAUUCGAGGUGGGAAUGUUCUGGGAUGUGCAGCUUAUCCGACUUGGAGCAACAGUCCAGGAAACGCCGCAGACUGGUUCUCAUUCCGACUCCCGCUCCGUUGUUGAUAUCUUCGGCUGGGAGUCCUGGGCUGAGAAGGUUCAUAAGUGGGUUUGGACCGGGAAUGAUCGGAACGUGAGGCGGGUAUGGGUGGGGGGUGCGGUUGUUCAUGAUCUUGAUGAUGGUAGCUGCGUUGGUGAGGAGACCAUGCUUGGAAGCUGGUUUGGAAAGAGCCUUCAGCGAGAUUGGACGCGGUGGGCUGUUGCAAGUGUCGGGGUGGCAAUACUAGGGUUUGCUAUAGGGAGGAGAAGCCUAGGUUCACGAUGAGGAUGAAGUGCGCGUGGACGAGCCUUUUCACUCUGUAAUUCUGCACUUGUAUACUUGUUUGGGCUAUGCUCGGAUUUCCUUCAAUUUCUUCUUUGGCCUGGGAGGUUGGGCUUCUUGGUGGAGUGUAGAUGAUUACUCUUUACGCCUACCUGUCUUAUGUGGAGUUGUAAUAGAAGGUA